AUGACGACUCCUGAGUAUUGGGAUCAGUUAAAACAGUUUAACCAUGUGAAGGUACCAUUAGAAUCACGUAAAUCCAAAUUCUUAAUCAAUCAUGGGGAUUCCAAAAAUAUGGAGCAGUUGAAAUUAGAUAAUACUAGGAAAAGAUUUGAAAAUUUAUUGUCAUUGAGUAGUCUGUUCAGACAUUUUAUAGAAGGUAAAGCUGCCAAAGAUUCAAAACUUAAGUCAAUCUUAAACUCAUUGGAUAAUCAUCAGACAAAAUCCAAGAAAAGAAAGACUGAAAGAGAAGAAGAUGAAGAGCUUUUGCAAGAUGAGGAAAAUAGUGACGAUAAUUUGCAAAACGUAGAAUUCCAAUUUAGAGAAUCACCAGCAUACGUUAAUGGUAAAUUGAGAAGUUAUCAAGUUCAAGGUCUUAACUGGUUAGUUUCCCUACACAACGAUGGUUUAGCUGGUAUCCUUGCAGAUGAGAUGGGAUUAGGUAAGACCUUACAGACUGUUGCUUUCCUAGGAUAUUUGAAAUAUAUUGAGAAUAUUGAUGGCCCUUUCUUGGUUAUUGCUCCAAAGUCUACUCUAAAUAACUGGCUAAGAGAAAUCAAUAGAUGGACGCCAGAGGUUGAUGCCUUUGUCUUACAGGGUGAUAAAGAAGAGAGACAAGAAAUGAUAAAAACUAAGCUUUUACCUUGUGAUUUCGAUAUCGUUAUUGCCUCCUAUGAAAUCAUUAUCAGAGAAAAAUCAGCAUUUAAGAAAUUUAAUUGGGAGUACAUAGUGAUUGAUGAAGCUCAUAGAAUCAAGAAUGAAGAGUCGAUGUUGUCACAAGUCUUAAGAGAGUUCACCUCAAAAAACAGACUGUUAAUUACCGGUACACCUUUACAAAACAAUUUACAUGAAUUGUGGGCGUUGCUUAACUUUCUUUUACCUGAUAUCUUCUCCAAUUCUCAAGAUUUUGACGAGUGGUUUUCUUCUGAGGGAAGUAAUAAUGAAGAAAAUCAAGAGCUUAUCGUGAAACAGUUACAUACAAUUUUACAACCCUUCCUGUUGCGUAGAAUCAAGAGUGAUGUCGAAACAUCAUUAUUACCGAAGAAAGAGUUGAAUUUAUAUGUGGGUAUGUCAUCCAUGCAAAAGAAAUGGUACAGGCAAAUUCUGGAAAAGGAUAUCGACGCUGUCAAUGGCUCUAAUGGUAAUAAAGAAUCGAAGACAAGGUUACUAAAUAUUGUCAUGCAAUUAAGAAAGUGUUGUAACCAUCCUUAUCUUUUUGAUGGGGCAGAACCAGGACCACCUUAUACUACUGACGAACAUUUAGUUUAUAAUUCGGCAAAAUUGAAGGUCCUUGAUAAGUUGUUAACCAAGAUGAAAAUGGAAGGCUCAAGGGUAUUAAUUUUCAGUCAAAUGUCAAGAUUGUUAGAUAUUCUUGAAGAUUAUUGUUUUUUCAGAGGAUAUCAAUAUUGCAGAAUUGAUGGUUCUACAGAUCAUGAAGAUAGAAUUAGAUCAAUUGAUGAAUAUAAUGCCCCAGAUUCAGAAAAGUUUUUAUUCCUCUUAACUACACGUGCAGGUGGUCUAGGCAUUAACCUAACAUCUGCUGAUGUGGUAGUGCUUUAUGAUUCUGACUGGAAUCCACAAGCAGACCUUCAAGCAAUGGAUAGAGCACAUCGUAUUGGACAGAAGAAACAAGUUAAAGUUUUCAGGUUCGUUACAGACAAUUCUGUUGAAGAAAAAAUUCUAGAAAGAGCCACUCAAAAAUUGAAACUUGAUCAAUUGGUCAUCCAACAGAACAGAACAUCCUCUAAAAAAGAGUCAAAAACUGACAAUAAGGACGCCUUAUUGUCGAUGAUUCAGCACGGUGCUGCAGAUGUUUUUGAAAACAAUGAUAGCGCAACAUCAAGUACCUUAGGGACUCCUCAACCGAAUGGUGCUGACGCUACAAGUCCUAUGUCUCAAAAGGAUACAGAUCCCGAUGUUGAUUUGGAUUCACUUUUAGCAAAAUCAGAGGACAAGACAAAGUCAUUAAAUGCGAAAUAUUCCUCUCUAGGUCUUGAUGACUUACAAAAGUUUAAUCAAGAUUCUGCUUAUGAAUGGGAUGGUAAAGAUUUCAAGAAAGAUGUUCAUAAGGAUAUCAUCAAUCCUUUAAUGCUAAAUACGACGAUGAGAAAGCGUGAGCGUAAGGAAAAUUAUUCCAUUGACAAUUAUUAUAAGGAUGUUUUAAAUACCAAAAAGGCACCUACGCCUGCACAACCCAGAAUGCCAAAGCCUAGGUCAUUUGCUUCUCAUCAAUUACAACGUCCAGAAUUGAAGGAUCUGUACGAAAAGGAGCGCUAUUGGAUUGCGAAGAAGACUAACUACCAGCCAUCAUUGGAAGAUGUCAAGACAACAUAUGGCGAUAAUUUGACUGAUGAAGAGAAACAAACAAAACUGGAUUUCAUGCAAAAAUCCGUUGAAACUGCAGAGCCUUUAACUGAGGAAGAAGAGAAACAAAGACGUGAAUGGGAGAGCGAAGGAUUUUCAAAUUGGAACAAGCUUGAAUUCAGAAAGUUUAUAGCACUAUCUGGUAAAUAUGGUAGAAACUCUAUUCGUGCUAUAGCAAUGGAGAUGGCGCCUGGUAAGACUUUAGAGGAAGUACGCGAUUAUGCUACAGCUUUUUGGGAGAAUUAUGGGCGCAUUGAAGAUCAUGAAAGGUACAUUAAAUUGAUAGAAGCAGAUGAGGAAAAAAUCAGAAAGGUCAAAUUUCAACAGGAUAUUUUACGUCGUAAAGUAUCUGAGUAUAGCAAUCCAUUUUUUGAUUUGAAACUAAAAUUCCCUCCUUCAAGCAGCAACAAGAGAAUAUUUUCUGAGGAAGAAGAUAGAUUUUUACUGAUUACGUUGGCAAAAUACGGGUUAGAAAGAAAUGAUAUAUACGAGGUGAUUAGAGAUGAGAUCAGAGAUUGUCCGUUGUUUGAAUUAGAUUUCUUUUUUCAAAGUAGAAAUCCUGUAGAAAUUGGCAGAAGAAUUUAUACCUUAUUACAGUGUUUGGAAAAGGAAUUUACCGCCGAUUCUGCAGCGAGUAAGAAUAAGAUUAAACAGGAGAGCUCGUCAGAAACUAAAGAAGAUACUACUAGUUAUAAGGAAGCCUCUACUAGUUACAAGGAAGCCUCUACUGGGCUCAAGGAAGAAUCAGUGAGUGGCUUUCAGGAAAAAGAUGUGUCGGAACCAGUUUCAAGUAAUAAGAGAUCUAACGAAGCCAUCGAAAGCGUGGUAGAAUCUGGCGAAAAGAAGAUCAAAAAAGAAUAG